UCUUCGUCAAUCCCCUGCCUUUAGGAACCAAAAAAGUUUGAUGUUCGGCUGCAAUUGAGACGUAAUUCUUGUCGGGGUCAUGGCAACGCUGUCGAAUAGUUUUGUCUCCGGAGCGACUUCAUCGGCUCGGUUCGCGGGUUGUUUGUGUACAACCCGGUCCCGGCACCUGCUGUGGUUCGGCUCGGUGCUGAUGCAUAAACUCGGCAUGGUUUCCGGUGUGACGACCGAAACUUCUUGUUCUAAUUCGGUGAGGUUGAAUGAGUCUAGUGCUGUUGGGGUUAUGCUUAGGAAGGCGAUACCGGGGUUAAUGUGCGAGGAAGAGGAAGAGGAAGACGUGGUUCCGAUUGAAAAUGAAGAAUUCGAGUCGAGUUUCCAUGUUAAUGGGUUGGUUCCGUGGAGAGAUUCGGGUUUCGAUGACUUUGGGUUGGGGCUCGGAGGUGUAAAUGAGGGUCCAGCGGCGUCAGAAUCGGUUGUUGCGAACCAACAGGGCGUGCAAUUUCUAGAGGAAAUGGAUGCAGAGGUGUUAUCGAAGCGGGUUUUGGUGCUCAGUAGAAGAAACAAGGUUAGAAGUGCAUUGGAGUUGUUGAGAUCGAUGGAAUUGGCGGGUCUGCAUCCAAAUGCGCAUGCCUGUAAUUCUCUAUUAUUGUCCCUUCUGAGGAAUGGUCUUAAUGAUGACGCAAUGAGAGUUUUUAGGUUUAUGAAGGACAAAACAAUCACCACGCAGCAUACUUAUAGCUUAAUGCUUAAAGCAGUUGCACAUGCUCAAGGUUGCGAUUCGUCGCUCAGAAUGUUUAUGGAAUUAGAAGAGGAAGGAAAUAGGAGUAAAGAUUUUGAUGCUGUUGUUUACAACACCAUUAUAUCCAUCUGUGGAAGGAUGAAUUAUUGGCAUAAGUGUGAGAGGCUUUGGAUGAGCAUGAAGGAAAAUGGCCUUACAGCAACCAAAGUCACUUAUUCCGAAUUAAUCAGUGUGUUCGUCCGUUGUGGUCAGUACGAGCUUGCAAUUGAUGCUUAUGAGGAGAUGGUGCUAAAUGGAUAUAAACCCAAUGCCGAUAUAUCGCAAGCUAUAAUCAAAGCAAGCACGAAAGAAGGUAAAUGGGAUUUAGCACUCAACAUCUACCAGAAUAUGUUGAGCAAUGCACUUGAGCCAAAUCUGAUCACAUGCAAUGUGUUGAUUAAUUCGCUUGGCAAAGCUGGAAAGGUCGAGUUAGCAUUCAAGGUCUAUAGCAUUACAAAAUCUUUUGGCCACACUCCUGAUGCUUACACAAUGAAUGCACUUGUUAGCGCUUUAUAUCGGGCAAACCGACCAGGUGAUGCUCUUCGGCUCUUUGACAACAUAAUGAGAGAGCAGGCCUCUCAGCUCAAUGUUCAUCUGUACAACAAUGCUUUGAUGUCUUGUUCUAAACUUGGGUUAUGGGAUAGAGCUCUUCAACUUCUUUGGAAAAUGGAAAGUUCUGGGCUAUCAGUUUCUACUGCAUCUUAUAAUCUUGUUAUUAACGCUUGUGAGGUUGCAAGAAAGCCAGAAAUAGCUUUGCAAGUGUAUGAACACAUGAUACACAAGAACUGCACUCCUGAUAUGUUUACCCAUCUAUCUCUAGUAAGAAGUUGCAUUUGGGGAUCUCUCUGGAUUGAAAUAGAAGAAAUUUUGAAGGCUUCACCAAAUGCAUCUCUAUAUAAUGCUGUUAUUCAAGGGAUGUGCUUGAGGGGAAAGAUUGAUUCUGCAAAGAAGACCUACAUGAGAAUGCGUGAGAAAGGGCUUAAGCCUGAUGGCAAGACACGGGCUUUAAUGCUUCAAAACUUGCGAAGAGUUCGCUAGACAAGAGCUUCCAUUAUGACUUGAGAGCAGAAUCUUCUUUAAGUAUUAUCAGAAAGAACUAACGCCGAGAGUAUGGAGAACGACACUUAUGCAAUUGAGUUUUGAGAAAGUUCGAAGAAUUUCUAUCGCCCAUAUUGUUACUUUACAGGUCGAUGCAUCACUGUGGGUGUUAGCUUGUAGGCUGCAGAAGAUUAAAAGUUUCAAAUGUAAAGUGUUACCAUACCAAGACUAUGAGCAUAUUCAAAGGGCAUCAUUCUAGAAGGACUGAAAUGUUUAGCUCUGUUACAAAGUUUUCUUCUGCUGUUAUGAUGUUCAUCAUGUUGAUUCUUUCUAUUGUUGCCUUCGAGUGUAUGUUGUACUCGAAUCAGUUGCUUCAGGUUUGUGAGCUUUUUAUUCUUUUAAAAGCUGGGAAAAAGCUUUGUAGUUUAUUCGAGCACAUGAGAAGGCAUUGUUGCUUUUCAACUUAUGCUGAAAGGUUUGUCAGGGUUAUGCCAAAAAUAAACUUUUCCUACAAGGUGUGCACAGAAGUUGGUUUUAUCUUUCUAGGCUUUACUUGCAUCCGUAAACAUGUGGUAAAUCUACAGUGAUUCAGGGACA